AUGGACCAGAACUAUUUGAAUUUUUUGAAGAAAGGGCUGAAAAGACACCAUGAAAAAAUAGACAUUUUAUUUACAUCCAUCAAUUAUAAGUUACAAUUAGCUAUAAAUCAGUUGCAAGUUGCAGGGGAAAUAAAAGUAAAAUUAGCCAAAACUUACGUGCCGUAUCCAGUUGAACCUCUAGGAGGUUGUCUUGUAGCUGGUGGAGGUCUCCACGGUCUCGAAGGAGCUGGUUUGCUUAAGCCUGACCCAGACCUUUUACCCAUUUUUAUUCACAUUCGAAUGUACAAAACUAAAAAUACUGCACCUGUUAUAAUUGCAACAAUUAUAAUCAAGCAAAUUAAUGUGCAAACCCAGUUGAUUCUGAAAAUAUCAAAAUAUUAG